AUGGGUAAUACGAACAAUAAUGAAACGAACAAGAAAGAAGAUGAAGAGGAUGAUGAUGGUUUCAUAAAAAUAAGACAUGUAGAAGGGAAAAAGAAUGAAGAGAUAAAGAAUGACAUUGAUAGUGAGGGUAGUAGCAGCGAAAAUAAUGGAGGAAGUAACAGCGGUAGUAGCAGCAGUCGUAGUGGCGGUAAUAGAGGAGGUGAUAUUAGUGGUGAUGAGGAAGAACUGAAUGAGGAAACCAAAGCAGGGGACAAUGAAGGAGUAUUCAGAAGUAAAGGAUUGUUUGAGGAUGGUCUACGUAAUAUACUUUUUAGUGAGAACUAUUUCAAGAACUUUUUUAGCCUAAACGAUAUAAAGAAAUUUGGAUUUAUUGGAAAGAAUGAAUGUAGUAAUAAUAACGAGUUGAAAAACGUAAAUUAUGAUUCUUCGAUAAAUGUAAAGCAUGGUAGACAUAUGAAUGAAUUGAUAAUUUAUAAUAAUCAAUAUAUGAUAAAUUUAUUAAAUGAUACAACAAAAUCUAAAAUAGAAAUAGCAAAUUUUAUUUCUUUCUAUUUUUGUUUUUUAAGUAUGAUGAAAAAUGAAAUUCCUAGUGUACCAAAUGCAAGGAAGGAACAAGAAGACUUCUCAACUAUUAGCUACAUAUAUCAAAAGGUUAAGAAUUCGAGGAAUUACAUUUCCACUCAUGAUAUAGAAACAUGUAUAAAGAAUUAUUUAUAUCAUAUUGAUAGGAAAUAUUAUCCUAUUUUGAAUAAUCAAAUAGACGAGGAUAAUAGGGAUGAAAUUAAUACGAUGGACGAUAGAUCAACAGGAAGUUUUCAAUAUUCAAACAAGGAAUAUGAAAAAAAAAGGGUAAUAAUUGAUAAAAAUAUGGUACAACAGAGUCUACAAAAAUUUAACAUAUUAAAAGAAUUAUUUAGGCCAUAUAAGAAUUUGACAAAGUUUAUGAGUGAAACAGAUAGGGGGCAUAUUCACGAAGAUGGUGGGUAUUUUCUUUUCCCCCCUAAAAGGAGGAUUGUGCAUAGAAUAAAGAUAUGGGAUGAUAAAAUUACAUUAAAACCUAGGACUUCCAUGAAUAAAAAGCUUGAUGAAACGUUUUAUAUGUACGACUGUUCUUUGUUGAGGGGGGUUAGGAGGAGGAGAAGCAGCGGAAAAGGUAGUGGUAAACGUAUCAUCAAAGAUAGCGUUAAACGCACAGGAACGCAUAGUGGAAAAUAUAACUGCAAAUAUAGCAGUAAAUGUAGUUACGCACACAGUGGACACCUGCUGGACGAUACUGCAACAGAGGCCCUUGGCAAAAGCAACUUGACAAAAUCAUUCGAUGAAAGAAAUAUAACGAAUGAGGAGGAAGUAACUGACAAUAUGUCUAUCAAGAAAGAAGUGAAUAAAAUAAAGAGCUACAGAUCGUACUCUGUAUAUAUUAGAAAAACGCUUUCUAAAGUUUUUUAUAAGAGUGAUAUGAAUAAAAGUGGAGCUGUAAGCAAAAAUAGUAUGAUAAAUAAAAAUUGCAUUACAAGUAAAAAUAAUUUAUUAUUAGGACACCAUAAAGAACCAAAUGGGCGAAUGAACCUCGGAAUAUCAUUUUCUGCUGCCGGGUUAUUAAUUCCUUACCACUUAGGAGUUAGUAGUUUAUUAAUUGAAAAAAAUAUUUUAAACAUGCACACGAAUAUAUCCGGAUCAUCUGCUGGUUGUAUAUGUGCAUGCCUCUUAGGGAUUGGAUUAAAUAUAGAUAAGUGUAUAUUUUUAGCUGAAAAUAUUAUUAGUAAUGUAUAUAAGAAAGGGAGUUACCAAAAAUUACAAAGCGUAUUAAAUUUAGAGUUAAACAAGUACCUAUAUGCUGAUAGUUAUAACUAUUUAAAUACUCGCAUUGGAAAUGUAUUUGUUGGUAUAACACAGAUAUUGCCUUAUUAUAAAAAGUUAAAUGUCAAUAAAUUUAAUGAUGAUGAGGAUUUAAUAAAUGCAAUAAUUGCAUCUUGUAAUAUUCCUAUGUAUGUAUCUAAUAACGUUUUUGUAAAUUUUAGAAAUAAAAAAUGUAUUGAUGGAAUUUUUAGUACAAAAAAAAAAGAUUUUGGUUGUAUUAGUACUAAGACCGAACGAAUGAUAAGAGUAAUUCCAUUCGACUUUCAUUAUAUAGGUAUGGAAAAUAAAAACAAUGGUGUGAUUAGUCCUCAUUUGAUUAAAUAUAAUCAUAUAAUUUUUCUCUUUUUAUGUAUUAAAAAUUUGUUCCAUAAAUUUAUAAAUAACAUAUGGGUAGAAAAAGAUUAUUUAUUUCUAUUACGAAAUUUAAAGCAAAUUUUAGAUAAAAAAAUUUUUGAUUAUUACACAUUUGUGAAGAGGUAUUUCUUCUUUUUAAGAAGCAGUGAUAUAGUUACGGAUGAGCAAAAAGUAGGGAAUAGGAAAAACAUAAUAGAUUUAAUUAACCAUAUUAGAAAUAAAUUGAACACACUAAAUUAUAUGAACAUAAAUUCGUUAGAAAUAGAUCUAUUUUUAAAAUUAAAUAAUGAGAUAUUCCUUCAGUUAAAUAAUAAAUAUGAUAAUAACGUACUAAAGUUUUGUAAUUUUUCCGUAACGCUAAUAAAUGUUAUGGGCAAAUAUUUUUUUGAAAAUUUUGAUGGUUCUAGCCUGGACAAAAUUGUGCUUCAUUUUUUGAGAAGUAACCCUGGGAACAAUGAUGCAGCAUGUAAUGAUGGAAACGGAGGUGCAGAACGCAAUAUUGGCGGUGGAGUUGGAGGUUGCAAUGAUAGUAAUAGCGGUGCUAACAUCCAUGAUGCUCGUAUUAACGACUUCAUACGAGAGGAAAAUCAUGAAAAUAUAUUCGAAAUGGUUUUCCAAUUUUUAAAAAAGAAUGGUUUUUUGAAAGUAGACAAAUACAUAUACUUUAACCCCCAACUAAAGGAUGAUAUAAUAAUAUAUUUUUUUAAAGAAAUAUUUUUUAAUGAGAAUAUUUUGAAAGCAAAAAGAAAAGCACUCAAGAGGAAUAUACCUCUUAUGAUAGAAGUGCUAAAAGUUAUAUUUUUUAAUGAGCAUGUAAAAAGGAGAAUUUUUAAAUUAUUAAUUUUUGCAGUAAACUGUAAUGAGAAGAAAUUAGACUAUUAUACUAGGGAUGAUAUAACUUCUUCUCCUAUAUAUGGAGGUAAAAAUAUGUCCAUGUUGUUCUUUGAAAAUAUAAACGAUAUAAAGGUCAUAAAUCAUUAUUUAAAGUAUAACCAUAUUUACAAAAAUUUUAUUUAUAUCAUCUAUGAGAUAAAUACUGUGAAUAACAAGGUAGGUAAAGUAAGCAAGUAUAACUAUUACAACUAUAUGAACUUGAAUAUGGAUGAUGUUAAUGAUAUGUACCUAUUUUUGUAUGUUUAUCUGUAUUCCAUUUUGAACUAUAAGAUUUUGUUUGCGCUCAUCAACAUAGAACAGAGGGAGAGCUUUUUAAAAGUAGGAGUGAACACAUACCCUCGAAGUUUGCAUGCCCGAGUAGGUGGAGGUAUUAGCCUGCGCCCUGAUAAUGGCACUUCAAAGAAGAGUACUACUGACCAUGGUACUGAUAACAAUGCCAUUGUUAACAGUGGUACACCUCAUUUUAUUCAAAGGUACAGAGAAAAUAACUUAUUAAAUUCCUUUGACCCAUCGUAUAACUUAAUGAACAAGGCAGAAUCCUCGGGAUUAAUAAAAAGAUUCUCAGGGUUAUGGUUAAGGAGGAAGAUAAAAUUAAAUUUGAGUUUUCUUGAAAUAAAUAAUAAAUUUGAGCUUAAUUUUUUUAAAGGGAAUAAUAAUGAAAUAGAAAGAGACGACAACUUAAACUUGAAUUAUGAUGGAAAAUAUUCUAUCGAAAUGGAUAACGAUAUGGACAUUAAGAACAUUAAGAAAAGUGCUAGUUAUACUGACAAGUUUUUGUUAGAAGAUGAUGAAGAGAGGGAAGAGACAAAUAAAGUAAGGAACACCAUAUCGUUUGGAAGUGAAGAAGUAACACUAGGUGGAAAGUAUUGUAAACAGGUAGAUCAUAAUGAGACUGGAAACAGUUUUAACACAGGUAGUAGUUUUAUUUUUAAAAAUUUGAAGAAAACUUGGAAAGACGAUUUUUUUAAAUGCCCAAUUAGGAAAGUGGAAAACAUUAUAGAGAGAAUAAAUGAAAAUGAUUAUUCCAUUUACACAAAUUGCUUUUGCACAUUUGAAAAUUUGCUUAUUUUCAAUUACGGCUGUGCGUUUAUCGGAAAGAUCGACGAAUACAUAAUGAUGAAUAGAAGCAAGAUAUUUGAAAUGAAUAAAAAAAAUAAAAAAGAAAUUUUUUUUCUUUUGCAUCAGUUGUAUUUGUAUUACAGGAAUAUUCUGUUUUUGCUCAAGUUUGUGUUUGGUAUUAACUUUUGUGAAAAGACGCAGUAUAAAUAUUUGAGGAAGAGGAGGAGAAGGAAAAAAAAAAGGUGGGAAGAGAAAGGAGCGGAAGAGAAAGUGAGGGACAAGAAAGAGGUACAAGAGGAAGAAGCGGAAGAAAAGGAAGGGGAGAGAAAAAAAAAAAGUACACGGAAAGACGAACGGAAUGAGGAUAAAGAAGAAAGUGAUGAGUCAGGGGUUAGCACCAAAGAAGGACCUAAAUCAGGAGCAUUAAAAAAUAGUACUUCACCUGUGGGGAAUAAAAAAUUUUCUUCAAUUGUUGAAGAUAUAUUUGGUGAUAGAACUUUUGAACGAAGUGAUAUGGAUGUAAAUAACAGCAAAAAAUUUGUGGGAAAAAAUGAAAAUACGUGUGUAGAUUUAAUAAGUAGUCAAUAUUUUACAUUAUGGAGGAGUUACUCGGAUAGUAGGAGUAAAGAAAAAGAGAACAUUUCUAAUGAAGAAAAAAAUAAAAAAAUGAAGAAAAGAAGGAAUAAUUUAGUGGGCAGAUCUUCUCUUACCAUUUUAGAAGAGGAAUCUACCAAUGAAAGAAGGAAGAAUUUUGCUCUAGGGUCAAAUAACGAUUUUGUAGAAGAAAUAAAAACAAAUAUAAGUGAAGUAUUAUAUGAUAAUUGUCAAACAUAUUUUGUGAAAAACUCAUUUUCAAUGAGAAAAUUAAUAAAAAUAGGAUUUAAGGGUGCAAAUGAAAAAGAUGUAAAAAAAUUAUAUGAUUUAGGUCGAAGUGACGCAUAUUUAUGGUUAUAUAUAGAGUACUUAAAUGUAGGUAUGUAUAUAUAUAAGAAAAUUUAUAUAAUAUAUUUGAAAUUAAUUUCAGCAUUUGAGUCCUUAAUUUAUAUAACCAAUUUAAAUAAAAAGAAGAAGAAAUAUGAUGUUGAAAAUAUGCUUGGCUUGAUUGGAAAUUUUGUAAUUUAUGUAAAUGGACAACCUUUUAAUAUAUUUAAAUUAUGUAAUUUUGUUUUUUCCUGUUAUAGUUACACCUAUAAAUCAAAUAGUACUGAGUUUUUUUUUUCAAACAAUGGGCUGAGGAAAAAGACAAAGUGGAAUUAUUUUAAUAAUUCUAAUUUUAAAGCCAAUAAAAGGAAUGAUUGGAAGAAUAGUACUAUUCCUAAUGAACAGAAAGAUUUAGAAAAUUUUUCCUGCACUGUUAAGGCGGAAAAAAAGGGGGAUAAAAAAGAGGAAAAGGGGAAAACCUAUGAAGCACUCUAUAGUUAUCGUCAAGGUGGGCAAGGAGACAAUAAAUAUGAGAGGAGUGUACAUAACAAAUAUGAGGGGAAUUGCUCAGUUACUUACAAUGCACGAGGAAAUCUGGAACAAGUUCAUUUAAAUGCACCAUCCUCAGUCAGGAAAAAAAAAGAAAAAAAAAGCCUGAAUGACAGUAAAAGCAAAAAUUUACAUGGCAAUAAGAGUAGGGUGUUAAAAAAAGGAGAGAGAAAUCAUCCGAGGAAAGAAGAAAAAAGUAAGAGAAGAAACCCUUUUAUCAAAAGUACUAACACGAAAAGAAAAUUUUAUAGAAGUAUAAGCUUACCAUUAAAUAUUAAGAGAACGAUUUUACGGAUGAACAGGUUAAAAAAUAAAAUAAGUUUAAAUAAAAAUAUAAUAGAUGGUAUAAAUAGCGAAAUAUUAAAAGGUACUCCUUAUGAGCAUAUUUAUACGCACACUAAUUUUUGGCUUUACUCUUCAUCUGAUGAAGGGGAUAUGAUGAAUAGUUAUUGUAAUGGUCUUUAUGUGAACAAUACAGAUAAUACAAAUAAACAGUUUGAUUCCAUCUUUGAUGAAAUGUCCGAUGACUUAGAUGGUUUUUCAAAACUGUCCAUUCUUUUCAAAAACUUUCGAAAUAUGGACAACGGGUUAGGCUUGUCCGGUUACUUCGGUUUUUGA